AUGGAAAAGAGUAGUAGUAGUAGUAGAACUUAUUUUCAAUAUGGUAGAAUAUCAAAUAUUCUAUUAUUGAUGAUAGUCAAUAUGAUCGAUGACAAUAUGGAUCUCAUUUGUUUAUUGUUGACUUGUAAAUCAUUCUAUUAUGAUUUUAGAUUAAAGUUUCAAGAUACUCUUAAAUUUAAUCAUCUUGUCAUUCCAAAUGACAAUCUACCAAAGAGUCAUUACCUCAACCCUACCACUGUCAGGUCUACCAUUCAUUUUGGUAUGCAAGCGUUCUAUAGAAUGUUUCUCAACUCUAUGUUUCAAGACAACGAUGUAGCUGUCAUUACCGAAAUAGCUGGUCAAGGUCACCAUAAUCGACACACGGACGACGACUUUAGAAAAACAGCUAUUUAUAUUCGUGGAGAAUCUAUUUCUAAUCCUCCAUCAAGCUCGGUUAAAACAUUGUAUAUAGACUUUAGAGGUAACUCUAAAAAGGAUGUCAAUAUAGUAUCAAUGAUCAGAGAUGGUCGAGAUGGACUAGAAUCACUUAUUGUAAAUGACGCCAAUAUCAUCCUAGAUGAAAAACUACCUAAUUCGUUGGAGAAAUUGGUACUCACUGGAUGUGGACCUUCACCUCUACGAAACGGAAACACUAUAGUAUUGGACAGACUCCUCAUAUCAAAUACAUCACUUACAACACUUGUGAUUGACCCUAAAUUGUAUCUUGUCAAUUUCCACGCAUGUAGUAAGACGUCUUCUACAUUUGUAUGGCCACCAUCUAUAACGUCGUUGACUGUCGCCACUUCACCUGACCCCAUAAACAAACAUUCUCUUCCGCUGACAUUACGAUACCUCGAUCUAAUAGUCAACCCGAGAAAUGCAUACCGUCUCGAUCUGUCACACCACACUCAACUCGAAACACUAAAGUUGGAGUCUGAAAAGAUUGAUAGUACCAAAGUAGUCUUACCAAAAUCACUUACCUAUUUGUCGAUUAGUAGGUUUAUUGGUGCUAAUAAAGAGUGGUUUCCACCGGGAUUGAUCACAUUUAUUGGCAAGAGAACGUUUCCCGAGUUCAAACUAGGAAUGCUACCAACAACCAUUCAAGUGGUCGAUAUUGAAUGUGACACACCAACCAAUAUUGGACAACCACCUCGUUUGAUAAAAGAUCUUUGUGUCAAAUGUUGGAAGGGUAGUGUAUUAUCGGCAGACAUGCCUCUACUCGAAUCACUCUCCUUACUCUUUAUCAAUAAUAUUGAUUCCGAUUACAUACCAAAUCCAACUCUAAAAAGUCUAACCUUAUCACAUCUUGGUCAAUUAGAUUUAAAAGAUACUACAUACCUACUCCAUUUUAAUCAAUUGGAAUAUUUUUCUUGGUCUCCUGCACAACAACAACAAUCAACCCAACCAUCGACCAUUGUAUCAUCACCAAAACAUUACCCACCAUCAAUUAAAACACUAGAAUAUAGACAUCAAACUAGUUAUCCCAAUCAACCAAUCACUAAAAUAUACCUUCCAACAAGUUUGGAAACUUAUAUUUAUGCUGCCAUCCAAAAUACUAGAUUGCAUCCAAUUUUAAAUAUUUUCUCUAUUCCAGAUAAUAUUAUCAUUGUAGAUAAUCUUAAAGAGACUACUGGAGAGGAACAAAAGAAGAUCAUCGAUUAUUUAUUACCACCAAACCUUACAACAUUACAAUGUUGUUUGGAAUGGGGAUUGGGUGACGUCUAUAUCUUUAGAAUUGAUAAUCUUAUCAACAAGACAAAUGUAAAUCGCUUUAUUCUAUCCGAUUCAUUUGCCAAAAAUACAAUCUUUCAAUUGGAUAUUAAAAGAUUAGAUGAAAAGAAUAAGAAUGUAAUUUUAACGACUGAUAAAUCACUCUAUGGUGGAAUGAUUACACAAAUUUUAAAACAAGAUGAAGAAACUACAAAAGACAAUCAAAAUGGAAAUCAAAAUCAAACUCAAAAUGAAUAUCAAGAAUUAUAUAUACAUCUAAGAUAUAAUUUAAAAAGUUUUGAUAAAAGUUUGAUUUGUAAUAUAAUCUCUAAUCCAUUUCCAACUAAACAAUCAAAUUAA